AUGACUACAUCUCGAGCACUGUCGGGGUUAGGGUUACUUUGUCUGGAAGCUCUCGACAGUUUCCGAUCCAGACACUUACUUCUCACCAAGCAGCUUUGGGUUACGAUCCAUGUUCCAUCAAACUUUCAGGAGUUCAGUACCCUAGCAAAACACACGCUGGUAUCUCAUAUAGCAGGAGAACGCUUACCAAAGAUCGCCCGAGGACUAGGCUUUUUCCUCUGCUCUAAGGGAAUCAACACACUGACCAGUGGCUUGCAGUGGUGUGAGCCACGCUGUGGGCGGCUGACGAUGCAUCGGCUGCCGGAGAUAGGUGUAAUCGAGAAAGUAUCCCCUAGGAGUGGCGACGCUGCACUGCUAGUUAUCACACGCGUUGAUGACGCGACAUACCGGAAGACUGUGCCUGUCAUCCCCAUAUCUCUCUCCCCAGCUAUUCUUCAUUCGGAGACCGUCUCAACUGUUGGCCCUUAUUGGGAAAAAGCGGCACUUCAUGGUACCAGCCUGACGGUGCUUUUCCAAUAUAAUGGGACUCACAAUUCAUCCCGGGUGUGCAGUGAUAGUGGUUAUGGCGUUUCCUACACACCUCCGCGCAGUCUGAACAGGGAUGACCACCUGUGGCUAGCUCGGGUAGCCGGCUCGUUUCAGCAUCUACGUGGUGAUGUAUACUAA